UAACUAUUGGAGAGAUUUACCUUUCAAUCUUCCUCCAAAGCAUGGUUGAUUAUAGCAAAUUCCAUGACUUGACAAUGUGCCAAACGAAGUCGAUGUCAUUCCCACUAGCACCAGAAAAUUUUCCACAAUUUAUUUGAGAUACUCCAUCUCAUUGGUCCCCCGCAGCAACAAACACGAUCUUGUGGCCUCGGAAACCAUACAUGGGACACAUCAAAGAUAAGAGAGAUUCCACCAGGUAAGCUUGUGAUAGAUCCAUCAAUAAAUCACCUGCCAAAUCUUAAUCCGAGUGGUUGGCAGAAUCAAAAGGAGAAAACCGAAGAUUUGGGGUUGCAGAUGUAGAAUGGAAACAGAGAGGCAAGAGGAGGAGGGGAGGGGAAGGGGAAGGGGAGGGAGGGGAGAAUAUAUGCCUACGACGAAAAAAACAAUAAAGAUCCAGUUUUGAUCACUUCUCGCGAGCUCCAAUAAAGGAUACUCGGUGGAAAGUAGGGGACGCCUAUCCAGGGUGAGAGAAGAGGUGGAAAGGCAGAGAAUCAAGGACCAGAUGGGGACAAAUUUCCUGUCACUGCUGUUCUUAGAAGGUUGUUCGUUCUUGUGAGAGAAUUUUCUCUCAUCUCGGAUCUCUCUAUCUCUCUCUUAUUUUUCUUGGCCCCCGGGGAUCGAUGUCUUUCGAUCUACGGCUGCAUUCCCUGACAAUGGGCAACAUCGGAUGCCUCGGUCUUCUCCCUUAGCGCCAUUUCGGUCCGAAAAGUUCGACCUUUGGUGGAGAGAGUGCUGGUUUUGGUGACGCUUCGGCCCCUUCGCUUGGCCUCUGGUGGGUCUCCUGGAUAACCGCCGGCGCUCAAACAGUCAAACGCGAGGGCCCUUGGAAUUUGGUGUUUCGGUGGAGGAAGGCCAUGGCCUCUCCGAUUUCUGAGGUUCCACGCGCCGGUGCUGAGUCCGCUCCGGCGACCUUGGCAAGAUGGAUGAGAGGAGGGAUGCGAUGCGUCUGAGGUAUCUCCGUGACAGGAAAUUUGGAGGCUUUCUUCUGUUUGCAAUCUCCAAGCGAAUGCUCUUUACCAAAUCGAUUGGCCAUGUUUAUGAAGAUUCAGAUGCAUCUCAUCUUACUGACAGGGCAUUCAUCAUACAGUAUCUUUAUUCAAAUUCAGUUUUCCUAGCCACUGCUGCCACUACUAGCCUAGCUUGGCUUUCUAUUCGUCUACAAAUGUGUACAAACGUGCAGACUAAAAAUUACCUUCCGGAAUAUAAUUCAAUGCAUGGUAUCAAGGAGGAUGCAACCAGUAGUUGGUCCAGUUACUGUCAUCAGAGGAAAUUAAGUGAGCACAUCUUCAGCACUUACAUGCCAAGGCAUGUGAAUGGAUGCACUGAACAAGAUAAAGAAAUAUUAAAAAGGACUAUUCUUGAACAUGAAGCAAUAUUCAGAAAGCAGAUUUGUGAACUCCAUCGUCUUUAUAGAAUACAGAAAGAUCUGAUGAAUGAGUUCCAAGCUAGAAACUUUAAUAGAUCUUCUGUGCCAGCAGAAUUAUCAUACUCAAGUUCUUUUUCAUCUCAAAGAUGGCCUGAAUAUACAGAAACGAUAUCACAGAUGUCUGGCUUUCCUAUUGGAGUCACCAGUUGGGGAAAUAUGCCUUGUGCCAUCAACGAAAAGACCCGCCUUAGUUUUAAAAGGGACAGAAGCAUCCAUUUUGCUCAGAUACCAUUUCCUAGUGGAGCUUCUAAAAAGGACAGUGAGGUACUGGACUAUAAGCCUCAGAAGAGAACAUUUGACCUCCAACUUCCAGCUGAUGUAUAUAUGGAUAUUGAAGAUACAGGUGGAUUUCAGAAAAAAAAUAUUGCUGAACCUACAAAUGAUGCUACUACCCCAAAGAAUGGAACUUUCUAUGUGCUUCCUGACAAUGGCUUGAAGCUCACUUUGCAGAGUGAUGAAGUAAACCAUCAGGUCACAAAUUUAACAAAACAGAUUGGUAGAUCAGCCUGUAUAAUGGUUGACUUAAAUAAACCUUCAACAAAAAUCUCUUUUGAAAGUCCAUCAAACUCAGCAUCUAAUCAAUUGCUUGGCACGAAGCCUCACAACAAAUUGCAACAAGGUUAUUUGGACAGGCUUGGAGAUCAACAGACUCCUUUCCAUAAGAAUGUGUACUCAAAAGGAGAAUGGCCCUUGAAUCAUGAAUCUGGGAACAAAGGGAGCACAGUGGAUGACUUUUCUCGAUUUUCUCAAGCCUCUAACCAUAAUGGUCCAACUUUACCUGAAAGGUUACAAUCAAAUUCAAAUUCAUAUUGUGAAACUUUUCAGUAUGACCAUUACAAUCCUGAGGCAUGGUCUAGACAAGAGCUAACUCAUCCAAUCCAGACAUUUCCAAGAUUCCAUUCAGUCACUUGCUUAAAUUCAUCUAUGAUAUCUCCUUCAGUACCUUCAAUCUCAACUUCACAGGCUGACUUAACCAGUUGUACAUCUUCAUUUGCUCUGCCCUUGAGAAACACUGCCGCUUGUAAAAGCAACACACUAGUAGCUGCUCAUGCACCUUCAUUCUUUAGUGGAUCGGCAUACGUUAAUAAUGAGAGUUUGAGUUCCAAUAUAGAUGCUCAAACACCUAUUACUCAUUGUCAAGAGUGGCAUAAUAGGAGCUUGAAUGUAAGUGUAGGAAAUGUUAAAACACUCCCUCACACAAAUAAAAUGCACCUUAAUUCUGUUCCAUAUCUGAACACUGCAUCCUAUAAACCUGACCCGAUUAAUAAUGGUAAAGAAAAUCUUCAUGAUAAUUUACCUGGAAGCCCUAUACAGUGUUCUCAUAGCAGAGAUUUGAAGACUCCAUUAGAGCUGAACCUAAAUCAAGCAUUGCCAAGUGUCAUGGAAGAUACUAAUACACUCAGACAGGAUCCAAUGUGCUAUGAUGGUUGUUAUAGGUUCCCAGGUGAUGCAUCUGGGCAGAAGAAAGCAUCAAUUAGUGAGACUGAGGAGAAGAAAACCUCCAUAGUAGAUUUUAGCUUGUCGAACGAACAUCCUAAGUUUAUUUAUGGAUCCAAUGUUGUGACCCCUAAUAUCAAGAAGGGGGAAAAGGAGUUGGAUUUAUCAGCAUGCAACUUGCAGGAAGUCACAUCAACCAUGCCGUUUAGAGAUCAUACAAUGCAGGGAGAUAAAGAUUCUGAGAAAAAUGGGAAAAGAAUUCUUGGCUUUCCUAUUGAUGGUGUCGAGAGACAUUCCAGCAUACUUGUUUCCACCAAAUAUACGGAGAAGGUAUUAGCUGAGAAAGCUAUGUUUAUGGAAAAUGAUGACAGAAAAUUCGCUAACUUCCUCUGUGGUACAAAAAUAUUGAGUAUGCAGAAGAACAUUCAAAAUGGUGAUUCUGCCACCGAAGUUUGUGGUGCAAUGAACACUGCAAACUCUAGGCCUCAUAUUAACCUGAAUGCUGAGCUGGCAUAUGCAGAUGAUUCUACACCUUCAGAGUUGAUACCUGAAGGAGUAGUGGUUCAGCCUUCACAUUGUAUAUCAAUUUUUGGAGCAAAAAUUGUUUCUGAUCCUGAUCUUCAAGCCUCUACUUCUCAGGCUGAAACUAGCAUUAUAAAUCAAUAUAAACACAUUUCAUCGAAUAAGGCAGAUAAUUCAGAGAAAAAGGAUUUUUCCUGUGAGAAACUUGUAAGAUUGGCUGCAGAAAAUUUAGUUGCUAUCUCAGCGGAUUGUAAUGAUUGCCACAAUGAUAUUGGCUCUAACCGGUUAUCCCUGCCUCAAUUUGACACCUUGUGUUGGUUUGCAGAGCUAGUAUCACAUGGUUCAGAAAACCUCGUGCUAGUUGAUAAUGGUAGAAAUGGGUAUGCUCAAUCUUUGGAUGUUGAUGCUGACAACAAUGAUGCUGGUGGUGGUUUGGAUCUAUUUGAGGCCAUGACAUUGGAACUUGAAGAAGUCAAGGUGGAUCAGCAAUGUCAUGAAGCAAAAGAAACUGAGGCCAAAGGCGAUGAAGAAAAUGAGCAGGAAGUUAAAACUCCUGCUUCACUGCUUUUCACAAAGGCUCGGCGUGGCCAGGGAAGAAAAAGGAGGCAGAAGAGGGACUUCCAAAAGGAUGUCUUGCCAGGCCUUGCAUCACUCUCAAGGCUUGAAGUUUCAGAGGAUCUUCAAACUAUUGGGGGAAUGCUGAAAUCAUCAGGUAGGCCUUGGCAAACAAGUUUACUAAGGCAAAACAUUGGCCAAAAGAGAAUGAACACCCAAAGAAAGGGAACGAGGCAGCUGAGCAUGUCCAUUGCAGUUGAAGAGGCUCAAGUUACCUCCUGUCAACCCUCACCACUCAGUAAUACUGAACUAGGUGUUGUUGGAAGCAGUAUGAUCGGGUGGGGAAGGACAACACGGCGAUGCAGUAGAAGGAGAUGCCUCCCGCAAAGUUUCAUUGGCCCUUUGAGUUAAAUAGGAGCAUCAUACUAGCAAUGGUUAUUCUAUAGAAGAAAUCAGACUAGGUACUUUAUCAGAUUAGCUUGUACAUUCCAUAAUAAAUUAACAUUGCUUCAUGAAACAGUGCACAAAAUGUGAUUGAAACGAAGGAAUUGAAUUAGUUUGAUAGAUUCAA